UUUUGCUGCAAGGUCGAACACACUUUGGCAGCUGAUCUGCAUGGCUCAGAGGAGCGCCUGCAUCUGCGCCCAGGGCAGCAGAUCGCUCAAGGCGAGCGGCAAGGCGAGAGAGCUGAGCACGACUGCUGGUCCGACGAUCGAUGCAGCCAGACGAGCUAAUAGAGAGGACAUCGAACCUCUCGGUCAGACGACCCGGUCACCCAACACGAUAGGCCAUGCGAGGACGAGGAAUGCACUGAGGAAAGCUCAAGCGAGAGCGAUGGAUCAUCUCAAGCACUUGUACACGCCCCGGACCUUGGAGCCAGUCGGCAGAAAGCUCGAUCAAGACCAGCUCGCUCUCCUCUUUGCUCUCCAAGUUCCUCCCCCUACCAGUGCCCUGUCAGCUCUGGCGGCGAGAAUCGGAGGAUUGGAAUUGAAUGCGAGCAACGCUGCUCAUCUGGCCUUGCUCGAGCAAUGCUGCAUCGAUCCUAGCUUUUGGGCAAGAGUGGCUCAAGUCGAGCCCUUGCUGCCCCUUCGAUCUCAGAGCACGAAAGCAUACAGCAACUACUGCGAUCCGUCCAGGAGUGACAAUGCCGAGCUCGCAACGCUCGGCAAUAGCCUGCUCGGGCUCUUCACGGCCGAGCAUCUGUCCGUCAUGCAUCCUCACCUGCCAACGCUCGCGACGAAAGCAGCUCUGACACUCAUGGUCGGUCCACGAACAUGCGCCGACAUUGCUCUUUCUUGGGGCAUCGCACCCGGCACUGCAUCGUACGGUCUGCCCGCGCGUCAAGGUUACAAGGAGAACGGGGGCACGGGCAGCAGGGGAUCCUCCCGUCGAGGAGUUGGCGAAGGUUCGCGUGCAGGCACGGGCUUGCUGCGCUGGAUCCGGAGCGAGAGCGAAGAAUCUGCCGUACUGUUUGAGGAGGCACUGGCCAAUGCUGCCAAAGCUAUCGUCGGCGCCGUCUUUCAGGAACACGGCUUCGAACGCACAAGGGCAUUUGUGCAAUCGCACUUCUUCAGUCGCAAAGCCGAUCUCGCUUCCCUGCUCAAGUUUCCGGACCCGCGACAAGCGCUCGUGGCAACCAUGCGAAAGUACGGACGCGAAAGACCACUGACCAGAAUACUGAAAGAGACUGGUCGGAUGAGCAUUUCGCCCGUCUUUGUCAUUGGCGUCUACACGGGCGAACACAAGCUAGGCGAAGCAUUCGGUAACUCGAUCAAGAUGGCCGAACAUCGCGCAUACGAAGAUGCAAUGAAACGAAUAUACCUCAGCAGGACCUUUGUGGGCGAUGACGGUUUGACAGAUCUGCACAUGUCGCCCGCUCUGCCCACGGAUACCCUGAUCGACCCUUCGACGACUUACAAGCCUGCUUUGCUAGGCGACGAAGAAGUAACGUUUGCCUCUGCCGGUCGGACGAAGAGAACUGCUGCGGAAGUGGCGACAUAUCAAAAGCAACUCUUUGCAAAUCAGACUAAUCGCAUCCCUCUGUGAGAACAAUUGCAACCGCAGGCUGUUUUGCAUCCUUUUGUACAACGCAAUGCAAACGAUGCAGCCCAUGCGCACAGACG